CUUGCCUUUCUCAAAUAAUAUUAUCAUAUUCUUCAGAUUUUCUUUUACCAAAAGAAAAUUUCUUCAGUUUUUUUUCUGUCGUCUGAUCUCUCUCAGUCCCUGGAGAUAUGUCAGAGGAAGAGACUGCUUCGGAGAUUGUUAGUAGUGCCUUUGUGAAGCAGUACUAUUAUACUCUUAACGAAUCACCUCAGACUCUUCAUAUGUUCUAUAAGGAUUCCUGUCUGUUUAACCGUCUUUGUCCCCUAACCCAUGUCAAGAAAACUGUUCGGACUAAGGAAGAGGUGAAAGAUGAGUUUCUGGCAGAGAGAUUCGAAGAUUUCAUGGCUGAGAUUGAAACUUCAAUUGGUGUGCCAUAUUCAAUGGAACAUGGUCAUGUUAUUGUGUUUGUCAAUGGAUACCUGACUAGGAAGAAAGAUAACGUGAGGAAAAAGUUUACGCAAACGUUUCUUCUGGCUCAACAAGACAACGGUUUCUGUGUCGUUAACGAUAUUUUCAGGUAUAAGAAAGAGAAUACACAGACACAGACGUGUUUUGUAACUGAGAAUGAGUCAAGGUCAAGAAGAUCAGCGACUUGUUAAAACGAGAAAUUAUGGAAUUAUUCUGUAUGUUAUUUAUUCUGUCGUCAAGAGUUAACUAUUGCCGUAUUUCCUUAUGUUGACUUAUUUUGGACAAAAUUAUAAGUCUCAUUAUCUCUUUUUCAUACAAGUAUACAUAUUUUCAUGUUCUAUUGUCUAUCUCUUAUUAUUUCUGUAUAUUUCUAGUAUUCC